GCACGAAUUUCUUCUGCUGCUCUCUCUCUCUCUGUCUCUCUCUCUCUUCGCAAAACCCUCUCUGUCUUCGAUCUCCUUCUCUCUCUCUCUCUCUGCUUUCUCUCUCUUCUGUGAUUGCAGAUCAGGCUCGCACGCCACUCCAUUGCACAUCUCCGAGCUCCUCUCUCCACGGCGACUGCUUCCUCGCUUGAAUUUGGGGAUUAUGCAUUGCUUCCGGCCGUAGACCGCAUCUCCCGCUGCUGCUGCUGCUGCUGCUGCCGCGGCGAUGGCGGCUCCGGCCCCACCUCCGGCUUCGAGCUCGGCCUCGGCGAAGGCCUGCUUCAACCCGGAGUGCUCGGAGGCGAAGCCGGAGAGACCUAGGAAGGGCUGGCGGCUCCGCGCCGGGGACUCCGCCGAACUCUGCGAUCGAUGCGCGACUGUUUAUGAGGAAGGCCGAUUUUGCGAGACUUUUCCCCCAAAUGCUUCUGGUUGGAGAUGUUGUGAAUCAUGUGGGAAGAGGGUACAUUGUGGAUGUAUUGUCUCAGCUCUUGCAUUUGCCCUGUUGGAUCCUGGAGGAAUUGAGUGCAUGUCAUGUGCUCGGAAAAACUUAGUCUUGACUCCAAAUCUGGCAUGGUCACCUCUGCUUUUCCAUGCACCUUUUCCUGAUAGACUUAAGGAACUUUCUGUGAAAAAUUGGAAUCAAUUAGCUGGAUCAGGUCCUGUACCUUGGAGGCAGGCACCUACUAUUUUCAAUACGUCCAUUUCCCGUCCUGAGCUGCAGCCUAGGGCACCGCACGAUGCUUCUACAAGCAUUGAUCGAUUUGGAGUUGGUGAAAGGUAUUCUAUUUCUUCCAUGGACAGUAGGAGAAUAGAAGACUUCUCCAACAGAUUUAUGAAUGGAAAUAUGAAGCUUGGUGCAGUCGAGAAACUUGAAAAUGGCAUUGCAGGACCUAACAGCGACGAGCACCUAAAUCCAUGCAAGAUCAAUCCUCAACAGUUGACCACUGCGAAGGAGGACCCAUCUACUCCAACAUAUGGAUUGGCUGUGCCGCUUGCUUCAGGCAAUGAAUCAAAUGGUCACAUAGGACUUGCUGGGCCACAUUUUCGGCCAGCUCCACCCCCGACGCUGGCAAAGCAUAUCUAUGGAAGUAUGCUCAAUGAUACUAACUCAUCUGUUGAAAGUCAUACGCGUAAUGGAAGGCCUCGAGGGGAUGCCCGGGGAAGGAAUCAAUUACUUCCUCGUUACUGGCCCAGGAUAACAGAUCAAGAGCUACAACAAAUCUCUGGAGACUCGAACUCUGUAAUCACUCCUCUGUUCGAGAAAAUGUUGAGUGCUAGUGACGCAGGUAAAAUUGGACGUUUGGUGCUGCCAAAACAAUGUGCUGAGGCCUAUUUUCCGCCUAUUUCUCAGCCAGAAGGAUUGCCUCUCAAAGUUCAGGAUGCCAAAGGCUCAGAGUGGAUAUUUCAAUUUCGAUUCUGGCCCAAUAAUAACAGUAGAAUGUAUGUUCUGGAAGGAGUCACGCCAUGCAUACAGUCCAUGCAGUUGCAAGCAGGAGACAUUGUAACUUUUAGUCGGUUAGAACCAGAGGGAAAAUUGGUCAUGGGAUUCAGAAAGGCUUCAACUGCUCCCCCAUCUGAUCAGGAGAAUGAAACGGCUAAGAGUAGCAAUGGAGUUACUGUGCAAGACGUGAGUACGAUUCAAUGGUUGACAUUUUAAAUUUGGGAUCUUUUGUUCCAAAAGCAGUCCAGUC